AUCCCGAGUCCUUUAAAUGUACUGUACGUGCGAAGAUGGCAGCUCAAGUGGACUUGCUCCGUGCGAAAGUAGAAGAAGAAGAACGGCUCAGGGUUAGUCUUGAUAGAUACAUGAAAGAGAAGAAGAAGAAGAAGAAACGGGACCUGUCGCCAUCGGCUGUCAAACGGGAGAGGUGUGAGAAAGAGGUGAAGAAAGUGAAGCUCCAUCAUCACCACCACCACCUGAACGCCGAGCAGCGGGGCCAGCAGCCGCACCAGCUGCAGCAGAAAGCCAAACCGCACAACUUUAACGCAGACCAACAUGUCCUGCACAAACAUCAGCACGGCCACCACCACCACCACCAUCACCAUCAUCAUCACGACCUCAUCAACGGUACGAAGAAGAACCUGCAGCCACCGCUGCCUCCACCUCCUCCUGCAGCGCGGAAGGCGCCGGAGCAGCUGCAGAAGAAGCGAGCGGCUCCCCCCGAGCCACCUGCGCUCUUCACUUUCACACCCCUCAAGAUGCUCAAGGCCAAACCCCAGGAUUUUAAAGAACCGCACCGGGAUAAAGACCCGAAAGUUAAGCCCAGGAAGGAAAACACAGAGACGAAUGUGAAACACGCUGAAGUGAAGAAAAAGAAAGAGCCAAAGCUCAACAAUGAGAACGUGAAGUCACUGACACUGGAGGAAUAUCUCCUGAGGAAGAAGAAGAGGAAGAAGAAGCACAGAGAGGAAGAGCGCGAUGCCAAAAAGGUCCGACACACACACAACAAAGCGGUGCAGACAGAUCCAGCCCUGAAGCUUGAAAACAAUCAUCGCCACCCUUGCAGGGACCCCGUUGACAGCCGCCAACCCUACCUCCACCCUCUCAAACUGGAACACGCCCCCUUCCUCUCCCACCAGGAUCACUACAUCCGCAGCUCCUGUCUCCAGACGGGCACCUACGGGCGCUUCAUGCACGUGGAAAGGCAAGCCAACGGUGGGGGGUCGGUGCUGCACGCCUACGCUGAUGAGUUGGCGUGUCUGAGUCCGGCUCAGAUGGAGUGUUUUGCGCAGGAGUUUCUGGAUCUGGCCUUUGCCGAGAGGCCCAGAGGUGCAGCCACCUAUGCCCUGGCAGUGGUUCACAGAGCGGCUGCUUACCUACCGGACUUCCUGGACUACUUCGCCUUCAACUUCCCCAACACACCGGUCAAGAUGGAGAUUAUGGGCAAGAAAGACAUCGAGACCACCACCAUUGCUAACUUUCACUCUCAGGUGAGCCGGACGUACAGUUCAGGAACGUUCCGGUCCGGACCCAUGAGACAGAUCAGCUUGGUUGGAGCCGUGGACGAAGAAGUUGGAGACUAUUUCCCAGAAUUCCUCGACAUGCUCGAGGAGUCACCUUUUCUAAAGAUGACUCUGCCAUGGGGAAGCCUCUCCAGUCUAAAGCUGGACUGUCGCUCUCAGAGUGACGAUGGACCCAUCAUGUGGGUGCGACCUGGAGAACAAAUGGUUCCCACUGCUGACAUGCCCAAGUCUCCUUUCAAAAGACGCAGGUCAAUGAACGAGAUAAAGAAUCUGCACUAUCUGCCGAGGGCCAGUGAACCCCGAGAGGUUCUGUUUGAGGACCGGACUAAAGCCCACGCUGACCAUGUGGGACAGAGUUUUGACUGGCAGAGCACGGCUGCUGUAGGAGUCCUGAAGGCAGUGCACUUUGGAGAAUGGAAUAACCGACCUCGGAUUACCAAAGACGUUGUGUGUUUCCAAGCUGGGGACUUCAAUGAAGUUGUCCAGAUGCUGCAGCUGGAUCUGUAUGAGCCUCCCGUGUCUCAGUGUGUCCAGUGGGUCGAUGAUGCCAAACUCAACCAGCUGAGGCGGGAAGGGAUCCGCUAUGUGCGGGUCCAGCUCUGCGACGACGACAUCUACUUCAUACCGAGGAACGUUAUCCACCAGUUUAAGACGGUGUCUGCCGUCUGCAGCCUGGCCUGGCACAUCCGCCUCAAACAGUACCACCCAAAGGAGAACGACAAGGAGGAGGAGCAGCGGCCCAAUGACCUCAGCCCCACCUCGGGCCGAGUCUCUUUUUCUUCCCCCGCCAGGCCCGAUGCUACGGUAACCCCGUGUGCACGACAGCAGGGAGGAAACAUCAGAGGAGGGGUGGCUAAAACUGAAGAACCCGAGUUCCAGAGGCCUGCGACACCUCCGAAGGAGCCUCAGCCAGCCCCUCCACAGCCGACCAAAUCUGCUCACCUGCCACGAACAUACCAGAGUCCUCACCUUUCUUUGGAACCAAUGCACUCUGGUUGUACGCCAUCAAGAGAGGCCUCUCUUCCUAAUCUCAGCCACACUGCCGAGUUCCCGAAAUGACUUUAAUACACGACCCGAUAUCUCUCUUUCUGCCCUCUGCUGGAGGAGUGGAUGUGAAGGAUGUGACUGACCCAGCGUCAGUCAGAAAAGCUUUUCAACUUAAAUUAUUCUACACACGUUUUUAAAUAUUUAAAUGCUGACUGAAAUGUCCCAAGAGUUUUUUUUUUUUUAGCAAAUAUAUACUUGGCUUUAAUGUACAACUUUUUUUUAAUAGCGCCUUAAAGGCUUUUUAUGCGAUUUUUCACACUUAAAUAUAAUAUAAAUCAAGUAUAUUCUCUGAAAAUAACUCUGUGAGUCAUGACUGUCUACAAUGGGUGUAACACCCGAGUCCCACUGUCUGUGAUGUUUUCCGAGUUUUCCGAGUCAUAUCUUCACUUUGUUUACAUCGCCCGGACAGCCGGCUGACUCCUCCCCUCGUGUAUAAAAGUUGUUUAAUUGAGGGACUAGAGAAAAGAAGAAUAACAUACUGUACUCACUGCUUAACUGUGUUUCUAGAUCACGCUCAUUUCAGGUAAAUUUACAUGCAGUGUGAAGAUACGAGCAUAAUAAAGAUCGCUAGCAGUAGCAUGCUAACACAACAAUGCACCGCGGGUUGUUUUGGUUUCAUGCUGGUGCUCAAGGGCGACAUCUGCUGGAUCAAAAAAUCGCAUAUAAAGCCUUUAACUGGAACUGUCAUCGGUAUCAUUCAGAUGGUGUGUGUCAUGGUUUGUGUGUCAUGUAACAAAGAAACUCUUAUUUCUGACAAAACAAGUUGCCACUCUUAUAAGAAGAGAACAUUUUUUUAAUUUAUUUUCAACGCUCACAACUGUUGUUGACUUGUCUGAUGAGAUUAUGAAAGUUUAACUUGCAGAAUGAUAGUCCACAUGGUUGAUGUAAGGUAUACUCUGAAAGCAUGAUACUGACAUGUUACUGUUUUAUUUAUUUCACUGGAAGAAGCCUCUCGACUAACUGUUCUACUGACUGUACAUAAAGAUGAACGACGUGUCUUCACCUCCUUCUGUUGUACAGAAAUAAAGCCAAAAUACCUCCACGUGACAGGAGCUGACAUGUUGGGCUGGUGACAUCAUUUGGAGGCAGAGUAAGGGAUGUGGAUCAUUAGUCUUAUUGAUAUUGACACAAUUAUCAAGUUCCUUAAUAAACCAGGUCUUUAGCAAUACCACUGUCAAUACUUUUCUAUUAUUGGUGUAAAGACAAGACCAGCAGGAUGUUGUAGAGCUCUUAAGUCCAAAAAGAAAACAAACAAAUGUUCCCUCCAAAAAACUUAA